AUGACGGAUGGAGGUGACACACCGCUCUCUGAUGGGGUCGAUUUCCACCAUCCAUACACUCCUUAUGAUGUUCAGCUUGACUUUAUGAAGACUGCGUAUGAUGUCUUGCAACGCGGCGACGGUCAGAUAGGCAUUCUGGAAAGUCCCACAGGCACGGGAAAGUCACUAUCUCUCAUUUGCUCGGCCUUGACGUGGUUGAGAAACUUCAAGAAAAGUCAGCUGGAGGUGUCUCUCGGAUCCGCCGCAGAGGAGCUCAAGGACGAGCCGGAUUGGAUCGUACAGCAGCUCUUACAACGAAAGCGAGAUGACCUCGUUAAGGAAUGGGAGGAGCGAGAAGAGCGCCUGCGCCGCAUCCGCGAGAAGGAGAAGCAGAUGGAGGCUCGGGUUGCCAAGAAGAGGCGGUUGGAAGAGUCCGGACACCGAGCCGGUCCAAAGACUGUCGACGAAGAGUCCGAAUUUCUCGUGGACGACUGGAAUGAUGACGAUACGAUCGACGACAAAGAUCCCUUGUCGCAACUGAGUCGCGAAACGAGAGCACUGCUGAAGGAGAUGGGAAUGGGCGUGCCCGGUAGGCGUGAUGAGGCCGAGGACGAACAGCUCGAAGACGAGAUCAAGAUAUUCUACACAUCGAGAACACAUUCACAGCUCACCCAAUUUGUCUCAGAGUUACGCCGCCCCUCAUUCCCAUCGUCAGUUCCAGCCGCACAGUCGACGACGAAGACGUCGCAUGAAGACCAGUCCGAAGGCGUGAAACACAUUCCGCUUUCGUCAAGGCAAAGGCUAUGCAUCAACCCCGGUGUCGCACGCCUCGGCUCGGUGGCUGCAAUCAACGAUCGAUGCGCGGAGCUCCAGAAGCCCAAGUCCGCGAACAAAUGUGCAUUCUUGCCCGGCGCUGAGAAGAUAAGCCAGACUCAUCAGUUUCGGGAUACUGCCCUUGCGACACUCCCUGAUAUCGAAGACUUGCAUCAGCUCGGCAAGACUCUGCACGUAUGUCCCUAUUACGCGUCGCGCACGGCCAUCCCUGGUGCGGAAGUGAUCACCCUUCCUUAUCCGCUUCUGCUACAACAAAGUGCCAGAGAUGCGCUGGGUAUCAAACUCGAGGGCAACGUCGUUGUCAUCGACGAGGCACACAACAUCAUGGAUGCCGUUGCCAAUGUGUAUGCUGCAGAGGUCCGCUUGAGUGAGCUGCGCAGAGCACGGCAGAUGCUCGGUGGCUACGUCAAGAGGUUUGGCAAGAAGCUCAAAGGCGAGAACAGAGUCAUGAUUGGACAGAUUGCGAAAGUCGUGGAUGGCCUGAGUGAGUGGCUGAAUAAUGCUACGCAAUCAAAGACCUCCCAAGGCAUCGCCGACCCAAACGAAUUACUCAAGCAUAAGGGCGCUGACCAGAUAAACCUGUAUCGCCUCGUCAGAUAUGUACAAGAAUCGAAACUUGCGUUCAAAGUAGAGAGCUACGCAUCCUACGCUGAGGAGCAAGAGAAGACCGAUCAGUCGAAGCCCGUAUCCUCAACACCGGUGCUCCACACGCUCGUGUCAUUUCUCAUCGCGCUCACCAACCUGAGCACCGAAGGUCGUAUAUUCUACGAGAAGCUGGCGCCUCCAUCAACAGACAUCAAGCUCUCGUACCUGCUUUUAUCCCCGACUCAUGCAUUCUCUUCAAUCGCGUCAAGCGCUAGGGCCGUCAUCCUUGCUGGCGGGACUAUGUCUCCCUUCGAGGACUACAAGGCACACCUAUUCCCUACCCUGGCACCCACCAAGAUUACCACACUCAGUUGCGGACACGUAAUACCACCCUCGAACCUCUGUGUCUGGACGCUCGCAUCACCGAAACCUGGCCGUGCUGCUGGCCCCGAAAGUUUUGAGUUUAGCUUCCAGAAGCGGAGCGACAUAGGCAUGGUACGACAACUGGGGCUAGCGCUGUUGAACAUAUGCGGCAUCGUACCCGACGGGGUCGUCAUGUUCUUUCCUAGUUACGGAUACCUGGAUGAGGUUGUUUCAAUAUGGCAGGGCAAGGAUACCCGGGACGACUCAAAGUCUGUGUGGGAUCGCCUGCAGGAGAAGAAAGCGAUGUUCCGAGAGAGUAAAGGUGGAUCCAGCGACGAGGUGCUCAACGAGUACAGCCAAGCCAUCCUGGGAGAGGCUGGCUCGGGGCCGAGCGGACCGAAAAGGAACGGGGCGCUCCUGUUGAGCGUGGUGGGCGGGAAGAUGAGCGAGGGCAUCAACUUCUCUGACCGCCUCGGCCGCUGUGUGGUCAUUGUGGGACUGCCCUACCCAAACAUCAACUCUGCCGAGUGGAAAGCGCGCAUCGAGUACAUCGAGUCCUCGACACUCGCACGUCUCACCACUCUAGUAGAUGCGGGCGAGCAGGAUGCUUCUGAGGAUGCCGCACCAAAGAUGUCGAGAGAGCAGGCUCUUGCAGCAUCGAAGCAAGCUGCAAGAGACUUUUACGAGAACGCAUGCAUGAGAGCCGUGAACCAGAGCAUUGGCAGGGCGAUCCGGCACAGGAAUGAUUACGCGUCCAUCGUCCUGGUUGACAGGCGCUUUGGUGGCUCUUCGGAUCCCCUGGCGUCUCGGCCAGGCCAAGCAGGACUGCGGGAAGUGGUGGGUGACUACUGUCACCCCUCCGGCUGUGACUGUGACCGCCACCACCACCAGUGGCACCACAACCAUAACAACGUCGUCGACAACUCUGACGUCGACGACGACCACGACAUCGACCUUCUCGAUCACCUCGACCGCCACCCAGAGCUUCACGGACGUCGAGACCAGCACCUCGACCUCCUUCACGACGGUGGUCACCGAGGCCGGCAGCUGGCAGAAGCGCGCGGCCGAGGGCGAGGCCGACGCCGAGGCCCUCCCGCCGUACGCGGGCGCCUGCAACCGCGCCAAGUACCGCAGCGCCUGCGCGUGCAUCGGCGUGCACCACAAGACGGUCACGGCGGCCACACCCACCGUCACGGCCACGGCGACGGCGACAUCAACCAGCACGAGCACCACGGUCACGACGUCGUCGACGACGACGACGUCGACGAGCCUGGAGACGACGACGACGACGUCGACGACGCAGACCACGACGACGACCACGACGUCGGUGACGUCGACGCAGACGGCCACACCUUCAAGGCCGGCGCGCAGUGCUGGUUCCUCGACGCCACCAACAUGAACACGCUCACGACGGCCAGGAACAGCGCGCAGUUCAUCGGCGCCGUCAACGAGCCCCAGGGCAACACGGACCCGGAGCAGGCGCACCUCGACGUCAACUCGGGCACGCUGCCGACCGACGACGUGGCCAUCACGUGCAACCCUUCGCCCGGGUCCAACCUGCUCAACUGCGUGGCCGGCCUCUACACGCAGACCGUCUCCGUGGACAACGUGCUCAACUUCCAGCCGCCGCCGCAGCAACUCGGGGGCGGCAACAAUUACCCCAUCCCCGUCACUCUUUCUGCCGUGUGCUGCGACCCAUGA